AUAUUAAGUUGUUCUGUUGGCUUAUUAUGCAUAUGAAACACAUUUUGCUGACGAGACAUACCAUUUCCCUACUGCGGUUCAUUAGUGGGCCAAAAACCGUUCGGCAAAAAGAUGGAGAAGAGUUGGAGAAUCGAGAGAAUGGUGGUGGAUUUAGUAUUUAGUCUCGGUGACGAUGAAGCAGAAGCAAACGAGCAGGGAAUACCAGACCACAGAGUUAUCUCAUUAUCCACCAGAGAUGGCGCUGGCGCUAGAAGAGUGGUAACUCUGACAACCAAAUCCAUACCACCGCCCAGCCCACGGCGGCAGUUGGCAGCGGAGUGAGGGGACAUCUGUCAGACUUGUGUCAGAGUUCUACAGGGUACAGUUUGCAAUUUUUCAAAAGUUAAAAAAUGGAUACCUGGCAAUCUGACGAAGACUUUUUAAGGGACAUGAAUGAGCUGAAUGAAAUUGGCGAAGAGGUCAAUGAACAAUUUUGGAUGAUAGACAGCAGCAGCAAUGAGGAACCGCCCGAAGCAAAACCGACAUCUGUUAUUCCUAUCGAGACCCCUACAAUUUCCAGUGCUGCAACCCAAAGGAAAAUUACGUAUGAUAUAAUUUCGGACAUGAGCAAGGCGAACAUCAGUUUUGAGCCUGAUUACAAGGAAUUGAUGGUAAAGCAAAAACUUCUUGCAAGUUCUAAAGAUAGUUCCAAAGAGCCUCAAGGGUUUAAAAAGCCCCAAAAAUGGAAACCCAUGCCAGAAUCUCAGGGCCCUACUGUUAGCAACCAAUUUAAUUGGCAACCAGUUGACCCAACACCAUUCUCUGUUAAGCCUGAUGAAUUCCCUACUUUGGGGAAAAAAUGAAAUCUUAGUUGGCUGUAUUUGUAAUUUUAUUGUGAUGAAAUUUCUAUGUAUUUGUUACUAUUUCAUUCAUUGGUC